UUGAAACCUAACGUUUACUCAAGUUUUUUUAACCGAACGCGGCUGCUUGUAGCGUUUAAACGUCUCUAUAUAUCGGAGCUGCUGUGUGAAGUAACGAGGAUAGACUAAUGAGAGCAGCUGACAGGAAGAAGUUUGUUUCGGUGUUUGAUCAGUGUGAUGUGGAGAAGAAGGGAUACUUGUCCAGGGAGGAUCUUAAGGUCGCGGUUGUCAUGCUGUUCGGUUAUAAACCUUCAAAGUCAGAAACAAGUAUGAUGAUGGGGGCAGGUGCUGUGCCAACAUGUCCAGGGGUCCCUUUGGAACAGUUUGUGUCUCUCAUGGGGAGGAAGUCAUCAGCAGGGGAUCCGUAUGAGAAGACGAGACAGAUCUUCAGCGCAUUUGAUCUACACUGCCGUGGAUUCCUAAAGUUGGGAGACUUUAGAAGUGUGUUUGCUCGCAUUGCUCCUCACCUCCCUGAACGCACCGUGCUGGAGGCUUUUCGACACAUGGACCAUGACUCAGAUGGACACAUCAGCUUCAAGGACUUUGAGGACAUUAUGGGUUACGGGCUGGCCAACAGCUCAGACAGUGUAGUGAAGCAGAAGGUUUGUGGAACAGCAGAUUAAAAAGAGAAAGAAAAACAUUUUAGUAGAAAAAUAUCUUAAUUCACAAAACAUCGCAUUUUGUUCAUUUAUAGAACCCAGGACUCAAAACUCAUCAUGACUCUGAUCAUAUAUUUUGGUGUUUGGAUAAGAGUUGGAUAAGAGACAGUCACAUUUUACAUUUCAUUAUUUUGGAAAAGUAUUUCUGUAUAAAACUAAGUGCAUGUGAGUUGUGAUUAUAAGGUCACAAUGCAAGUCAAUCAGACUUGCAAUAUAGAUUGGUUCAGAAAGGUAAUGAAUAAAGUCCUCUUUGUAAUGCUGUUAACUAUCACCAACAUGGGUGUGUUUAGAAGCAGAGUUACUGUUUUCUCUCUAAAUGCCCAAACAGGUGCAAUCUCAUACGGAAUUAUUUUUUUUUCUAAUCUCAUAUACUAGCAAUUUUACAAUAGCUUUUUUAAAAAUGUAUUAUGGAAUAAUAUGUAGUGCAGUUAUUAAUAAUAUUUUGGAAAACUAUUCAUUCAAAUCAUCUACAAAUGACCUUAAAACCUUUGCUGUGUUAGAAAAGGCUACAACUUUCUAUUUAUGAAGCUCUGACACUGGAGUCUCCUUCUUCCAUAAAUAUAAAUAAAAGUCUCCUUUUAAAAAUUUUUACAAUUAAGGAUUAUUUGUUUAAUAGAUCUGGACAGAAAUAUUAAAUCCAAUUUAUAAAUUGCCAAAAAAUAAGGCUUCAAAUUGAUUCAUUUCAAAAUUCAGAAGUACAGAUUCAGACUGGUUUGGCAGUCUUUUGUAGGUUCUAACCUCCCCUCAUCCUUCUGACUUCCUGAUGUGCAGCAACGAGCCAUUAGUGAAGUGCACUCUGGCCUCUUUGUUAAAAGGCAGACGAACUUCAGUGCCUGAGAGUCGGGUUUGAUGAUGAGCUUUGAUGUCAUAUCGAUCCAGUGGGCGCGAGCCUGUGCCGAGUAAUAGGCAGACACACAUUUCUAUUGUACAGUCGUCUUACAGGCUGCAUUAAGGAUGAACCCAGUCCCGGCAGGUCUAAUUCACUUGCUCCACUCGUGCAAUCCUCACUCAAAUCAGCGUUGCCGGUGGGUUUACAGCUGAGAGCUCUUCAGGUAUUUCCCGUUCACUCCUGUGUGUCUGCCAUUGAGUCACUUCAAACCCAUUACACAGCAUGUCGAGGGCUGGAUGUUUUCUAAUCCUUCUCCACUAAACCCAUUUGCACCUGAGGAACAGGCGGCUUGCUUUGGAGUUCUGAAGACGAGAGCUCAUAAUCAGAUUGCAUUUUUAAUCAGUUUUGCUGAAAAACGCCGCUGUGCAGCCAUUAGGAAAAGGCCCAGGCAAACUCUUGCUGAGGGUUUUAUACCACUCUUGUUACACACAAUAAUGGAACUGUAAAUACAUGUUUGUGUUUUGUCGAGAUUUACUGCACUCCCAUCUGAAUAAAGAUUAAUUUGUUUUUGUAA